CACAAUUUUUUUCAAAACGCAGUUGCCUCGACCCCCUCCUGGUCGCAGAAAAGUCCGCAUCGCAGUAAACAGUCCCCCACAUAGCCCCAGCACAUCCAAUGCCCGUAUCUCCUUCUGUCGCUCAGCCUCAAGAGGCUCCCGUCCCUCAGGUUUCCGAGGCCGCACCCGCACCGCCUCCUGCACCUGCCGCUAUGCCGCCUGCUCCGGCAUACAACCCGGCUCCUCCUCCUCAGAUGUCCUCCCCUUCGGCCUCGCUCUACGUUGGUGAGCUCGAUCCGACGGUGAACGAGGUCAUGCUCUUCGAGAUAUUCGACUUAGUUGGACCUGUCGAGAGCAUUCGUGUUUGCCGCGAUGCUGUCACGCGUCGUUCCCUCGGUUAUGCCUAUGUAACCUAUCUCAACGCUGAAGACGCCGAGCGUGCUUUGGAGCAGUUGAACUACUCCUUGAUCAGAGGGCGUGCUUGCCGCAUCAUGUGGUCUCAGAGCGAUCCUGCCCGCGGCGCGAAUCACCAAGGCGGCGUUUUCAUCAAGAACCUCCAUGAACAAAUCGAUGACAAGGCUCUUCGUAAUACAUUCGCUGCAUUCGGUAAUCUUUUAUCGUGCGACAUCUCCACCGAUAAGCAUGGCCGUUCGAAGGGCUAUGGUUUCGUUCACUAUGAGACAACCGAAGCUGCUGAGACUACCAUCAAGGAGGUCAACGGCAUGCUCUUGAACGAUAAGAAGGUCUACGUCGGCCACUACAAACCCCGCAAGGAGCGCAAAUUCAAGCUCGAGGAGAUGAAGGCGCGGUUCACCAACAUCUAUGUGAAGAACAUUGACACUGAGAUGACUGAGGAAAAAUUCUUUGACCUGUUCAAGCAAUUUGGCAACAUCACUUCAGCUGUGAUCCAGCAUGAUGACGAGGGCAACAGUCGCGGAUUUGGUUUCGUGAACUUCGAGACCCACGAAGAGGCUCAGCAGGCUGUCGAAACCCUUCACGACACUGUGUUCAACGGCAAGAAGCUUUUCGUCGCUCGGGCGCAGAAGAAGGAUGAGCGCGAAACGGAGCUUCACAAGUCCCGUAAACAAGCGAAGAUGGAGAAGGCGAGAAAGUACCAGGGUGUCGAUCUCUUCACCAACAUCUAUGUGAAGAACAUCGACGCUGAGACGACUGAGGAGGAAUUCCUUGACUUGUUCAAGCAAUUUGGCGACAUCACCUCAGCUGUAAUUCAGCGUGAUGAUGAGGGCAACAGUCGCGGAUUUGGUUUUGUGAACUUCAAGACUCACAAACAGGCUCAGCAGACUGUUGACAACCUUCAUGACACGGUGUUCAACGGCAAGAAGCUUUUCGUCGCUCGGGCGCAGAAGAAGGAAGAGCGCGAAACGGAGCUUCUCAAUGAUUAUGUGCAAGCGAAGAUGAAGAAGUUGAGCAAGUACCAGGGUGUCAAUAUCUACAUCAAAAACCUUGAACACGACAUCGACGACGACAAGCUACGUGCCGAGUUCGAGCCUUUUGGUACCAUCACCAGCGCGAAAGUGAUGCGCGACGAUAAGGGAACGUCGAAGGGCUUCGGAUUCGUCUGCUUCUCCUCGCCCGAUGAGGCGACUAAGGCGGUCGCGGAGAUGAACAACAAGAUGAUCGGCUCGAAGCCGCUUUAUGUUUCUCUUGCUCAGCCCCGUGAGGUCCGUAGGCAGCAGCUUGAGAGUCAGAUUACACAGCGCAAUCAGAUCAGGAUGCAGCAGGCUGCGGCAAGCGGGCUCGGUGGCCACAUGCCACCGCGGUUCGUGGAGGGUUCGGGCGACGACGACAGAUUCAGCAAGGUCGAAUCGAAGUCUUACAAUAAGGCUCUAAGGCGGUCAGCGCCUUGAGGUCAUGACGAUAUGAGCGGUAAUACUAGUUCGUGGUGAUCAUCUCUACAUACGACGCUCCCAAUGAGAACCCAUGUAACAUCUUGCUUCAUCGAAAUUGUUUGAAAUAGUCCGCAUUGUAUGUACAAUAGUAACGAUACUGUAUAAAAUAUAACUUUCGUUUAC